AUGGACGAUGAGGCGACCCAGCAGCAACAGUUGAAUGUCGGGUCGCUCGCCGGCGCCGGCCGUGGUGGCCACGUGCUCGCGGAUUUCUGCCCCCGAGAGGUGACCUUUCGGCGCAGCGAUGAACGUGAUGGCGUGGAAGACGUAGAGGCCGCGCAGCCGCUGGCGCUUGGUCCAGACGAAGAUUUGCCCUCCUCAGGCAGCAAGGCAUCUAAUUUCCUGCAUUUCAUUGUUUUCAACCUAAUUUUGCAAAAGAGAAGAGGAGGAAAAAGAGCCACAAUAGUAACAGUACCACCAAUAUUUUGUCCCAAAGAUUAUGUUUGCAACCAGGCUGAUCUUGACAUUAUUGAGCCUAUUAAAAAAAUCCCUUAUAAACCUGGAAAGGAACAAGUUGUGCUCAUCGACGAUGCUUUCAUAGACAGGAUGAACAUGGAGUGCCUUUUUCAGCCGAAUGCAUUUUUAAAUGAUCAGGUCAUAAAUGCAUACAUUACCUUAUUAAGGGCUCAAGACCAUCUGAAGUUGAGGGCAUGUGGUAAGGUCCUCCUAGAGAAUUCUCUUAUCUCCAGUAUCCUCAAGAGGGAUGGUGAUGAUAAAAUUAAAAUGGAGGACCUAUAUCCCAUGCAUGACGAGAAUGGAAUUAGCACCAUUGAGCAAAGGGUUUUAUCGUACCUGGACCAUGACAUGGUGUUUAUUCCAAUAAACAUUGAACACACCCACUGGUAUCUUGCCGUGGUUAAUGCCAAAGAGUACGAGAUACAAGUGCUUGAUUCAAUGGGCACUAUAUUUGGUCGUCAAGGCCUAAUUCUUACUAUCAAGGGAAUGCAGAAACAAAUAGACAUUGUAUCGCAGCACAAGAAUCUUAAAGAUCACAAGUGGCCGAACAUCCAGUAUGUUGAACACUGGAAUGGAGAAGGUCUGAACAACAUAACUCAGGAAGAUAUGACACAAUUCAGGACAAAGUUGGCUGAUAUUUUAUUGUCGUCAGAGUUAAACAAGAGAAAGGGAUGUCUGUUAGUCAAAGUUGACGAUGAAGCAAUUGGAAGUCCAUCUGAUGUUGAAAUACUACAGAGUCCUAAUAGUCUAUGCAAGAGGAAAAAGUAUCAUCAAACUUCUGCAGCAUGCUCUCCUGAUAGAGCUAUGGACCCUUUUUUAUUGUGUGGCCUUUCCACGUUUGACAUGCCAAUGACCAAGGAAGAUUUGACAGAUAUGUUGUGUGACUAUAUCAUGACAAUUAAUGAUGCUGAGACAUUGGAGACCAUUUGGUUACGGAGCUUCCAACCUUACAAUGUCUCCGUAACAGUACGUCAACUCCAAGCAUCACUAAGGAUGAAACAACCGAUGCCCAAAGAAUGUUUCAACAUUGGUGUGCGGCUUCUUGCAUACAGUGAGAAUAAAAGGUUGACAAGUGCUAAUGUGAAGGUUUCAAAGCAUUACAUGGACCUGAGAUUCUACCUUAAUGUUCAAGAGUUGGCUAAAUCAUUAGAAACUUGGCCAUAUAUGAAAUAUGAUGCCUCACGUUACAGAUUUGUAAGGAUAUUUCUCUAUGAUUAUUGUGAGCCCUUUUUCGAAAUUCUAAUUCCUAUCAUUUUGUGGGUUCUUAUGCCAUGGAGAAAAGGAGGCAUUUUUAACCUUUUUGUGCUGGACCGUGAGAAAAAAACUCUAAGCGUGCUUGAUCCUACUCCUAUUCCUGAUUGGUGUAAAGAUAUGCCAUACAAGUACUAUGUGCGUAAAAUCAUCGAUAUUUCCAACUAUUAUAGACGUGCAACAGGAGUGAAAGCAAAUGAACGUCCUAUUAAUGUCUUCCAUUGGAAACAUAUACUCCAAAGUGGCAUUCCAAUCAUAGAAGAUAGGAAUUUAUCUGCCCUCAUCGUUCUGCAAUUCAUGUUCGCAUGGAACAAUGGACAUUUCAUGCCAAUCUCUACGGUGUUGCAAAUCCUCAGGCAUGUUUGGGCAGAUAAAACAAUUCAACCGCAAGUCAAAACCUUUGCCUGGAGACUUCUUAGACUUGCACUUGGAACAGCUUGCAGGGUCCAUGGGAUUAUUCCGGCGGUCGAUGAUAAAUGCUCUCGUUGCGGGAGCCCUGGAGAUGACAAUCAUCUAUUUUUUGGUUGCAACUUUGCUCGAGCUGUCUGGUUUGCUUCGCCCAUUGGCCUUAGAGCCGAUGCCUUACCACAAACAGGUCACAGAUUCCACUCCCAGAUUACUGCUGUGUUGCAGCAGAGGCCAUCUCAAGCUACUGCAGGUAGCGAUUCCAUAGGUAUUGGAACCAUUGGAGGCUGA